UUUUGAAGGAGACGCCAGAAGAAGCAUAACGCCUCGGAAGGUUUGACCCUGUUGACAAGUCUACUUUGCAAAACUCUCUCAAGAAGCUCUUGCUGAAGAAAGCACUUGCUGAAGAAGCCCGACACCCGCGGAAGAUGGAUCCCGGCCAGGAGGAGGACCAGCUGGAAGCUCAUAGUGUAGCGCUUCCAGCAGAAGAAUCCCCAACGUUGGAGGAACACCCAGACGAUGGUAAGGAUCUUGGUAAGGUCUGGUCAGAUGUUUUCCCUCAGAUGUCAGAUGACAUGGUUUCUGGAAAUCAUGGCGAGGAGUCAAGGUAUAGUUCACCUCCGCUGUCUGUUGACUGUGCUACUUGCUCCAGUAGUACACAACGUCCUCAGGUAGGUUUGGUAGGGAAUGUGGCUCUUGUGACAUCUGUGGCUGGCAUAAAGAAAAAGAGGACGAAGGACAGUGACUCUGAAGAGGAGCCCCCCGCCAAGAAGAUGAGGAACACUGUUGAUGAAGAGGAGCUCUCUUCCAAGAGGACCAGGGACAGUGAUGUUGAUGAAGAGGAGCUCCCCUCCAAGAGUGCCAAGCCCUUUUGGGAGAGGCGUUUUGGGAGCCCUCUCCCAGAAGCACCAGGGAGUUUUCAACUAGAGAUGAGCUCUCCUCCAAGAGGUGCUCCUCUUCAGCACCUCUCCAUUGGUGCUGAAGUGGAAAUCCCGGCCCAUGGGUCCAGGAACAGUGAUGAUGAAGAGGAACCUCUUCUCAGUCCUUCCACAAAUAUGUUGCGUGGGUAUCCCAUUCUGUCAUGGACAGUGCAUGAGGAUUCUCCUCCGUCAUCCCCUUCCUCCAUUUUUUCAGCUUUCUGGGUGGAUCAACUUUUUGCACCCUUCGGUCUUUCAUCUCAGAGUGCAUGUGAGGAUCCAACUAGAGAUGAGCUCUUUUCCAAGAGGACCAUACCCUAUUGGGAGAGGCCUUUUGGAAGCCCUCUGCCAAGCAGGUCCUCGGCCGCGCAAUUCUGGAUGGAUCCUUCUUUUCCAAACUUCAGUCUUUCACCUCUGUCCUCCCCUGUCUUCAGUUCCUCACCAAGAACGCCACGUGAAGGUCCCAUUGAGUCAGUUCAUGCCAUCAGUCCCCCAGUCAGUGAAGAUCUUAUUUUGUCAUCCCCUGUCCUCAGUCGACCACAAAGUACAGUGUGUGCGGAUCCCAUUGUGUCUUCCACUGUCGGUAGUCCUUCACCAUCAGCAUCCUGCAAAAUUCCAAGAUCGUCAUUCCCUUGCAUGUGUGCCUGGAUGAAGUCUCAAACGGACAUAGAAGAGGAACCACAACCUUCAACAUCUGGGAUUGGAUCUGACGGAAUUAGAGAAAGAGUGAGUGCCAGACAAGUGUGGUUUAGACCUCUUUAUGAUGUGUCAAGUGACUCUGAGUAGAUUGGGAUCUUGAAAACUGAAGACCUAACUGAGAAGUCCCAUUAGGAUACCAUCACUUCUCUGUUGUUUUUGUUAAAGCCAAUGGCUUUCUAGCAGGACCGAGGAUGCCUUAGGUAGCGUCUUGCACCGGGGCUUUUCUUUAUUCCGCUGCUAGAUUUUUCAUUUUAGAUGUUAAGUUUUCUGACUGGACAGGCAAUGCUGACUUUUUUUCUGUUAAUCAAUGAAAGGCUAAAUGCUGGAGGAGGCUAAUUAAAAUUUUUGAGAAAAUUUUUGCUGCUGAACAAAAGGAGUCGGACAUGGCUGGUGCGUAAAAGAUAAAUGCCAAAAGAAAUGAGACAACACUAUAGGAUUCAUACUAAAUCUAAACAGUCUUGCUGGGUAAAAAUGAAACCUAAAAACGAUUAAGACGACUGGGCUCGGGACACUGGAAUCAAUACAAUUGAGACAACACUGCUGCAAAUUAAACUCAUUAACAUUUAAACAACGUUUCUGACGGUUCUAAUUUUUAAGGCAUGAAAAAACACAAAUGGAGACGCAAUAUAAUCGGUUGAGCUCUGGUAUAAACGGAUGGAAAUAGUGGUUUGCAAGUUAUAACCAUUUUGAUCUGGACAUUAUAAAAUCCACAGGAAGUGACGCGAUUUUACGUAUUAAAUAACAACUGCCGGGACAGUAACAACGGGAGUUAAUUCAAAUGUUCAAAGACAUCUAAACUCAGGUGUUAAUGGUUUUAAAGGUAGGUAAUGCUCCUGGGUGUCAAACCUAAAAUCUCUUAGGACGGAGAAGAGACAACGUUUUUCGGGACAUAUUCUCUGAGGAAGGAGCUUCUGUGGACAAAUAAAAUUUUUCAAGUAGUGAGAAGUUUAAAUCUUUCAGGACUAAUAUGAUGUCAUGGUGGACAAAUUGCAAGGUAGAGAAAUUAAAAACAACUACGCAGAGUACAAAUUCAAAUCUUUUAAGGAUAAAAGAAAAAGACUGAGGUAAAUAUUUGCUGAAGGCUUGGUCCAGUGACUUGGACCACCAUAGAUAUAUUCUGAGGUUCUGGUGAAGUUCUGGUCAGGUUCUUGUGAGGUACUGAUGAGGGCCAGCAGUCCCAGACAGAGCAGCUCGCAGUGAGACUGCUUCUUCCUGUUCUUCUCUCUGUUUUCCUCUCUACUCCCAUGUUUCAGGGUGCAGCAGCGGUGCUUCCCCACACGGUGCUCUCUGAAAUUGUUCUCACCUGUUCCUCCAUUAAUGCACUCUCCCAGUUUCAAUCUUUCAGGUUUUAGCUGCUGGAUUCGUUGGUCGUUGUCCAUGUGGUUCCUGUCCUCCUGGUUCCUGCUUGUUGGAUCUCCUGAGCCUGGAAUCCUCCACCUUCAACACUACCAGUCAGGUGGAGGACGAUAAGAGAGCCCAGUUGACGAAAAAAUUGACCAUCAAAUAAAGAAGACCUGGUGAGGACAUGAUAAUGACUGGAUCAAAAGUCAACAGCACUGGACCAAUGAGGAGAGAGAAGACACAGAAAAUCCUGCUGGAAAUCCAGAGACGUUUCCUGAUGCAUUCAGCUGAGGACGGGACAGAGAUCAUGUGAAGUGGAUCCUCAUCAGCCUGGAAUCCUCCACCUUCAACACCACCAGUCAGGUGGAGGACGAUAAGAGAGCCCAGUUGACGAAAAAACUGCCGAUCUACUGGAUGUAACAGAUUGUGAAGAGGUGACGCCAUGACGAUGACUUGGAUCAGCUACGGUGACUAACAGGUGCAAACGUGCAGCAAACAGUGAAAUGAGCUGCAAAAAGGAUAAAUCAGAUGUUUACUCCAAGGAUGAGCUUUUUACUCAUCGACAUUGUAAAACAAAGAUUUUUACACCGUUGCAAUGGAAAAUCGAAGGACUUCUCAAACUUUCACAACAGAAUCAAGGCAACACUCCAGGUAUAUUUUUGAUGAGGGAAUAACAUAAUAUGAUGUAAAGCUAAGAACACUGCCCUGAUGACAAAGAGAAGAUUGAGGUCCAUCAUUUGCUGCAAUCAUUUCUCUAUUCAAAGGGAUUUCAUGCUGUAGACAAACACGAACUGGACCUGGAAGUGGAAGAGAAGAACAGCAUCACCACAUCAUGAUGCUGCCAUCACACAAACGUCAGAUCUGGUCUCAUCUGAUCAGAGAAAUGUCUUCCACAUAUACGAUAAUUCUUUAUUUUAUACAGUAUAGUUCUGUCUCUGUUUACUGUUGGCCUGACAUGGACCCAGAUUUUAGAAUGAAACUGAGUAAUUUACUUGAAAUAAACUAAUGUAACUAGUUACUUUCGACCCCUACUCUUGGAUAACUGG